AUGUUCAACACCCGUGGCUCUAUCCCCUUUUUCAAUUACUCGGUAAUUGCUGAUAUUCACCGUUCAUCCUUAAGAGUUUAUAUGCUCUCUUGCCCACAUCCAAAGUAUGGGAUCACAUCAAAAGGUCGUUUCCUUACACCCGCGGAAUCUCAAAGCAUCUUCAGGGAUUCAUCGCGUGUCGCCCUGCCAGAUUUUAAAGCAAGCCUUCUUUCUCGUCAAAAUUUGCGAAACGGAUUUGUCGUUUUAGAUUUCUUUUUUUGUUUCUCAAAUCUUGCAUUAACCGUUGACGCCUGUUCUUUUUGGGUGGUGGCUUAUCAUUUUCCUCCUUCACGCCGUAGAUUUCCUUACAAACUCUGUAGAUUAUUUUACUACUUUCGUUCAAACGUUCGUGAUAUUUCUUUCUUCCCAGCUCUUUACAGUUCGAAGAACUCGGCACUCAGGGCCAAACGAACUCUUCUCUGCCCGCCUGGGUCGAACGAACUGGGCACUCAUCCCUGCCGUCGGGGCGCGAACUUCUGGGCACUCAUCUCUGCCGUCGGGGCGCGAACUUCUGGGCACUCAUCUCUGCCGUCGGGGCGCGAACUGAUUUCUGCCUUAAUUUUCUUCCUUAUUUCUUUCUUGAUUUUUCUUUGUUUCUUUUCGUUUCUUCCUCCCAUUCUUCAUUCUGUUUAUUUGUUUAUUACUUUAUCAUUUCUUUUUCUUUCUUGCUCUCUUUCUUCUUAUAUUUCUUUCUUUUCUCUUCCUGACACUCUUUCUUAUUCCCCUACUUUGUUUUUCUUUCUUUCUUUCUUUCUUUCUUUCUUUCUUUCUUUCUUUCUUUCUUUCUUUCUUUCCCACUAUUCCUAA